AUGUCAACUAGCCAAUACCAGAACGCGUGUCACCAGCGUUUCAAUACCGAACGCGAGGCCAGAGGUUUCAUUGAAGACUGGAACGAUGCGUACGCUGAUGCAUGGCGAUGGGAGAUCAGAAAAGGGCUACACGAUGGAUGGAAGGCAAAGAGCCUCAAGUUUGAUCCGGAAUCGGCCUUGGCCAAGAUGGGAAGCGAAGGAGAUACGGUUGAAAGCCCGAUUAUGAAUCUGAAGGGGCUAAAUUUGGAGAAGGAACCCAAAGAGUAA